GUGGCGCAACGGUAGCGCGUCUGACUCCAGAUCAGAAGGCUGCGUGUUCGAAUCACGUCGGGGCUCUACUGUUAGACAGAAUGGAGGAGGUUAGUGUAGAUGGGCUUCUAGAAAACCAGGAUGGAGACUCCUCAAAGCAAGAUUCCAAUGAUGAACUUGAUGUUAGAGCACUGAAUGACAUUGAAUUACGAGAGCAGCUUUCUGAAUAUGGGAUCAGCCCUGGACCAAUAUUACCUUCUACAAGGACCAUUUAUGAGAAAAAGUUGCUGCAAUUUAUGAAGGAAUGCCCAGCAAUAGCAGCUGGACAGAAGAGGGAUGAUUGUGUUUCUGAUACUGGAAAAAAUGCAGAACAAGGAAGAACAGAAGUAGUCCUUGAAACAAACAACCUCAAAAUGACAGCUGAAUGUGCCUCUGGCAUUGAUAAGAAAACGCACACUGAUGUGGCAGAACGGCAGAAGAAACUCUUGUCGCCCGAUGUUGAAUACAGUUUAGCCAAAAUAGUGGCAGAGUUACAGGAAAUAUUGCCAGAGGGUAAAGUGGCAGCAUAUCGGUCACAAGGACAAAGGAAGAAAGCAAACAGCAGUCCUGACAGAAAACACAAACCAAUGAAAGAUGAUAUGCCACAUGAAGACUAUGGUUAUCCUGAAGCUGGUGCAGGACAAAGCACGAGAAGAAGAGCCAUAAAGGGUAAUCCCCUUCCAGUGAAGAAAGGUGCUGAAAUAAAAUCCCAGGUGGUGCCUGAGCAACCAGAUGAAGGAUAUAUACCGAUGCGUGUAAAGAUGGCUGUAUUUGCUAUCUUUGUUUUCAUCCUUUUAAUAUAUGUAACUAUGGAAACUAAUCUAGAUAAUCCAUUCAUAGCCUUCAUCACUGGAAAAUGAGUGUAGCCCUGUCCUAUA